AGUAAAUACUACGCCAUCUUGUGCAUAUCGAAAGGAAAACAACAUAUCAGCAAGUCAAAUCAUUUUUCCUUUAUUUUUUAAAGAUGAUUUGAUAUAACAUCUAACAGAGAGUGCGUAUAUCUACACGUUUACUACUGUACGUUGUACAGUAUGGCAACAGGAUUAGGCCUACUGCCGAGUGAUCAGCUGAUUGAUUGACUCGACGUGUGGACUUUCACAGCCAGGAUCUAUACAGUCAGUCAGAAAUCCAGUCAAGGAUGUCUCAGGAUCCGACCUGUGUUCUAAGGCUGGGGCAGUAUGAGGUCAACUUAAUGAAGAAGCUGGGUCAAGGAGGGUUUGGGGUGGUCUUCGCAGGGGUUGACACUAGGAGUAGGAUAAAGGUUGCAGCAAAGCAGAUAGACAUAAAGAGAAAGGAAAGACACGGCAGCACCGCGCUUUCCGAAAUAAAGGUGUUACAAAAGUUACCCAGUCACCAAAAUUUAAUUCGGUUCCUCGACUAUCACUUCUCUCAAGAUUCUUUCUGGAUCGUCAUGGACUUCUGCAAUAUGGGAGAGAUGAAGGAAUACUUCGUUGCGCAUGCGCCUAUUGAUUUGGCAACAAAAGUGGAUUUCAUGCGGCAAAUUGCUGCUGCUCUGGUACACUUGCACGAGGCACCACAGCAGAUAAUACACAGGGAUCUUAAACCAAACAACAUCAUGGUGUCGUACAUCUCAACAGACGAUCGGCCCAUGAUUAAGGUCACCGACUUCGGACUGGCUAAAGUAGCCGAAGAGGACAUGACGAAGACCUUCCUUCUCUCCACCGUGGCAGGGGCGGUCUGCUAUCUUUCCCCCGAGGAGUUCGCCAGGCAGAAGUACACGGUACUGGUGGAUGUGUUUGCGUUGGGUUUGGUGUUUCUAGGAAUGAUCAACUUUGACGUUCUUGGGGAGUUAAUUCCUGUCCCCCCUGGAAGUCAAGAUUCAAUGUUGGCUACCAUGUUGAUGCCCAUUGGCAUGCAGAUGCUUCAAGCAGCCAUCGGUGGUGGCAUCCAGCCAAAACUGGUGCAGCAUGAGCCAGAUGACAGCCCGGAAGUGACGCAGUUGAAGGACCUCAUACAGCACAUGGCGGUAUAUAAGGUUGAAGAAAGGUUCACUUCUCGUCAAGUGUACGAUACAUUGGACAAACUUUACGAGGGCAUAAAACAUAGCCAAUCACCUCCACCUGCCCGGCCACCAGAUCAGCUUGCAGAGGCAGGUAGUCCAAGACAAGAACCAGGAGCUCGUGCUGCAGAAGCAGCUGCGCAUGCGCAAGACUCACCCGAGCGUGGCGCCGCCCAAAGGGACGGACAUCGAGACAUAGGUUAUAAGCUUUUGAAGGAAGCCAUGGGACAGUUAUUAAGAGAUCGCAUUCAAGACAGAAGACGCGGAAGAGAGAGGGAUAAACAUCUGCGAGCUUUGGACAGGGGAAUGCCUCUGUUAGAGAUGUUACUUGGACAUGAUGAGAGAGAUGACCAACAGGAAGGAAAAGAAAAUGAGACAAAUGAAAGCGAGUUCAAAGAGGGAGAGACAGUCCAGGUUGUGAAGGUCAGUGUCACCAGAGCUGUGGGGAUGCAGGAGAAUUAUGGAGGCUGGCAUAACGAGAUGGCACAGUACCUUGGUAAGACUGGAAAGGUAGUUGAACUCGUACUACACGUGGUGAAAGUGAAGUUUGAGGAUGGGAAAAAGUGGAGCUUCAAUCCGGCAAUGCUCAAGAAGGUCCAGGGUGAGGUGUCACCGUCCAGUCGGAGGGAUAAAAACAAAAGGAGUGCCAUGAGGGCUAGACAGGUUGCUUGCCACUUUAAGCGGAUGGACAUUGUCCAGAUUGCAGAGGACGAGGAGCUGGUCAAAACGCUACAGAAAGGACAUGGGGGAUGGAAAGAUAAGAUGAAACAUAGCCUAGGUGUGAAGGGGAUCGUACAUGGCGUAGACAGGGACGGGGAUGUUGUGGUGGAAUGUAUUAACCAAGACAAAUGGUAUUUUAACCCUGAAUUACUGAUCAAAGUGGAACCAGACGAGAACGCAGAGCUGGCAGCCGGAGACGUGGUCCUCGUGAAGGAUUUAGAUUUUGAGGUCGCAAAAACGCUACAGGAAGAAAUCGGGGAAUGGAACAUUGCUAUGGCGGAGUCAUUUGGACGCGGCGGCAUAGUAAAAAGCGUGCUGUCUGAAAACAAAAUCAGAGUCGAGGUGUCACGUGACGCAUGGAUAUUCCACAGGGCGUUGCUCAUUCAGGUGGCAAAAUCAGAUGAACUGAUGCAUGCCAUAUUACGAAAGAAGUUCCGUCGAACAUAACGUCAUCGUCCGAAGCAUUCGUAUCGAGGAAAGUCUUAAAGUUCAUGGACUAGUUUUAAAACUAGAGGCCUAGGUGUAUUUUUCUCAAUUUCAUUUUUACAGUUUUCAUAAACUCAAUUGAUACCUCUGGUUUAUAGAAUAGCCAUCAAACAAAACAGCACCUACCGAUCUUGUAAUGUUCGCAAAACAUCCUUUGUAUUAAUGAAAAAAUAGUUCCUUUACCAACCAUGUUUAUAGAGAUUCGCCGAUCGUUGACCACCAUAUUAAAUUUCCUUGAUUUAGCCUACAAUUACGUUUAUAAUAGUGCAUGGAUUCUUUCAUUACUCAAAACUCAUGGCUGUGCAAUCGUUAUAUGAAAUGUUUUAAAAUUGCCUGAGGGAUGUGGCAAAUUGUAGUAUCAGCUAACUCACAUUUGUGCUUGUCGAAUAAUGAUUUUAUAGAAUCCAGAAGCAUGUUUGUACAGGUCCAUGUGUUUUUAUUAUACCUU